AUGUGGCCGUCGCUACACUUCCGCCGUACGUCGUCGCUGCAUACGAUCAUCAACUUGGUCGUCGCUUUGGCCGUCGCGGUCGCCAUCGCGGUCGGCAUCCACUUGAUGAUCGACGUCUACUCGACGGUCACCUCCCCGCAGUCCAACGGCGAAGCGACGAUCACGAUCGAUGGCCAGCAGUGUAAGUGCGUGCCGUUCGAAAUGUGUUUUUCGAACAAUACCGUCAACGUACCCUCUAGCGCAGGCAGUUGCAGCAGCAAUAAAGUAUGCUGCAUAAAUGAAGAUGUCAAUAUUGGAACAACCCAGGGACCACCUAUUAUUGGCGAACCCAUCAAUAACAAUGUUCGUAAUUGUGGUAUUGGUAUGCCACCACCAAAUACCAUAAAUUCUGACGAUGUAGGACCCCGUAUGAUGAAUUUUGAAGACAACUCAAAAACACAUUUUGGUCAAUUUCCGUGGAUGGUUGCUAUUACAAAAACAGAUAAAAAUCAAGAGACUGGUAUUACAACUGAACAUGUUUUCGUUUGUGGUGGUUCAUUAAUACAUCCACGAGUCGUUUUAACUGCGGCACACUGCGUCAGUAAGGAUGUGGAAUUACGAGUACGAGUUGGUGUGUGGGAUACUCAGUGCUCCAAUAAUGAAGAAGAUAUUGAAUAUUCGUGCGAAGAUGUUGGUGUUUCAAAAAUAGUUUAUCAUCCAAAGUAUGAUAAUGAAACUAUUCACAAUGAUAUUGCGUUGAUCAAACUCGAAUCCGAAAUCAAAUUUCAUUCACAUAUUAAUAUUAUAUGCAUUCCUGACAAUGAAAAUCAAAUAAACUAUGACCCUCAGUCGUGUGUAUCAACAGGAUGGGGUCAAAAUGGACACGAACCAAGUAAAUACGGAUAUCAAACUGAGUUAAAAAAAGUAGACUUGUCUGUUGUGCCCAAUGUUUUGUGCCAGAAGACAUUACAGGAAACGAAUCUUGGGAAAAAUUUCGUUUUACAUGAAAGUUUUCUUUGUGCUGGUGGCAUGACGGGAGUAGAUGCGUGCAAAGGUGAUGGUGGCGGACCGUUGAUAUGUGCAAUGAAAGAAGACCAAGGGGAGUCUAAAAAAUAUAUUCAAGUAGGUAUUGUGUCUUGGGGUAUUGGGUGCGGUGAUGAAAAUAUACCCGGUGUAUACUCGUCGGUAGCGUUCAAUUCUCAGUGGAUCAACAAGGAGCUUAAAACGAUUACAUCAGAAUGA